AAAUUUUAUCAUAUUUCAAUUGAUGUUCUUAACCUGCACAUAAACAUUUUAGAUGAGACUAUAUUUAUGGACAACCUGUGAGCGACGGUAGAGUAACCUUGAGAGUGUCCACCUAAUAACUAGGACCAAAUGAGGGUUGUAAACCAGUGUGAUGAAUUAGAACUAUGAUUUACAGUUGAUGGUUAAGGCAAGGAGUUAGAUUUACGGUUUUCAUCACGAACUAACAUAAGCUAAAAUGCCAAAACUCCACUCAUUCAAAUGGAUGAGUGAAUUUCACGCCAAAAUCCGAGCCUUUUUACCUUGUAUCUGAUUGGUUCGUCCAUAAAUAAUUAUAGUCUCGCCUGAUUGGACUGUAUAUACAUGGAACCAAUUAUUAUAAUAAGUGCAUUGGUUUUAUGUGGUAUAAUGUAAUGGGAAAGUUUGGAGAACACCUAUUAUCGGUUAUUUAAUUACAUAGUAUACACAGGUCAGAAGACUUCUUUAUGUUUCACCGCAUCGAUUUCAGUGUUUUAUAACAGACAUAAUAUCAACUACAACUCAAUAUUCAGGUAACAAUCCAUGCGCUCAGCUAACCUUGUGUAUGUUAUGGUUAUUGAUAUUAGAUAACAUCGAAUAGCUUAGUUGGAGUGAGUCUUGGAUUUUUAACAUUAUGGUCCAAACUUUAGAAUAGUAAUUGGUGUGUACAGGGGAACAAGAAGCCCUGACAAACUACGAAAGCAAUUUUUCGGGACGUUAUUUCAUUUUAUGCAAAGCUUGUAAAACACUAACAUUUAUUUUUGUCCCUAAUCUAUUCUACGUUACAUAAGCUUUCGUUUGAUGUGUGAUUCAUUGCCAUACCCUUAUCUGUUCCGAAGCAAUAGUAAUUUAAACAUAUUUUGCACCCUAUUUUCUACUCUAAUUCCCAGCUUUGGACAUAGUUGUAUUUUUCCUAAUUAUUGUACGUUGUUGUUGGGUUAGUCACCUAUUUAUUCAUGUACCUUUUACACUAAUCUGAAAUCAGGAUAUCGAGAGUAGAUCGAGUAGUGUUCCAGUUGACUUGUUACUAUAACAUUCAAUAUUGACAUUUGGUAAUAAACAAUAAUUAAUCAAUGCUAUCUGUCAUAUUAUUGGCGUAGAAUGAAAAACCUUAAAACAAUGUUCCAAUAAGCCUAUAGUAAAUUAGGAGUACAUUGUAGCGAAGCUUGAAAUGAAACAAAUUUAACUUGUUAAAUUUAUUACUUAACAUACUCUCAUCAUGCUUUUAUCUAUCAUCUUUUGUAUCUAUACUGAACUAUCCCAUGAGGGUUUGACGUGGUUGGCAUUUACAUUAUGAUUGCGCAACGUGAUAAAUGGACUCUUAGAAUUAAAGCCAUUUGCUUCAUACUCAUUGCCCUUUUCAUCAUAUGGUUGAUCAACAUCUCACUAAGUUUACUCUAUCAUGGUAUAUACAAUGAAAGUUACACAUUCUUAUCAGAGAACAUGGAACUGAUUGAUGGGAAUAUAUUUGCUUCAAACUCUUCAGAGUUCAACCUGGCUAUGAAAUUGCACAAAAUGUAUUCUACUAUUAAUGAAACUUCCAUUCAAAAUCACCCUCUGAGAUUUGAUGUAGAAGAAAACAGACUGAAGAGAUUAUAUGACUCGUUAAGUAAAAAUAAUUCAUUACAAAAUGUAAGAAAUAAAAUCAAUGCUUCAAUUUGAUGAAGAUGUGGUUAUUAAAUCCCGUUUAACGCUUAUCAAUAUACUGAAGGAAUACAUGCUCAAACAAUUAAAUCCGGAAUCCAACUCAAAAAUUAUAGAUCUAUUUAACGAGAAAACUGAUACAUUUACUACAGCAAUAAGAAACCAUUUUGUGUUAGAAGAGAUCAACAAAUUCUUUAAUAAGAUAAACUCCACCCAAUGUUCAAAUGUUCUUUUAUCAGGUUCCACACAUUCUAAGUAUCUAAUCACAUCAAAUGAAAUCGAAAAUCAUUAUGGCACAAAUGUUUCAAAUGAAUCAAUUUCUGGUCAAAUUUCUUAUGAUGUUAUAUGGGAUGCUGAUGAUCGUAAUGAUUCAUUAAUUUCUAAUGAAUCUAAUGAUAUCAUAUUUUACGUUGCUUGUUCUCACAAUGUAUUUGUUUCUAAUAAAGAUAUUGUCUAAUGCGAAAUAAGGAUCUAACACUGAUAUAUAAAAAUGUUUAUUAAAAAAACAAUGAGAUUAAAUGAUAAUGGUCUUUAUAGGUUUACUAUGUAACUCCAUUUUGGAGUAUUUUACAGCGAUCUCUCUCUUCUAUGCAAACUGAGACUACCUACCGAACUACUGAAACCCUCAAGUUGAUUAACAGCGGUUUCAUCUCUUGAUUGUACCACUCCAUCUAGAAUUAUCAAUAAGCUACCAUUUCUAUUCCAAUUGUUCAACGUCACAAUUCAAGAUAUCUUAACAUAAUUUGGGGAAAAAUACGUAAUUAUCAGUCAGCUACACCGUUGCUGCUACCUUGAUAUGGUGGUCGAGCUUGCUUAUCUUGAUGAACCAACCUAGCUUUCUGUGGUAUGGAUCAAAUUACAUUUGAAAAUGGACAAUAUUUUACACAUAAUAACAAUUCUGAUAUUUUUCAUGAACACAAUUUCAUAUGGAAUGAUUAUGGAGCAACAUAAUGCUGUACACUAUUCACAAAUGAUUGUAAUAUGGUGAUGGAGGCACCAAGUAGAUUAUUUAUUUAAACACAUAAGCAUUGGUACAAGGAGGCACCAAGUAGAUAUGCGCCACGUAAAUCAUUCAAAUUUUGUGAGGGCUGUGAUACUGGCCGGAUGCCCAAACCGAAGCAGGUGGUUUUCUUAGGGGCCACACCUCGAGCCUUUGACCUAAAGGUCUGACCCACAAGGUAGUGGAGCAUCGUGAGGAGAUGGAGUCCCAUGGUAGCCGGUGACCAACGAUUGGUUCAUACUCCAUUUGUUCCUUCAGGAUACUGGAGCCCAUGUACACCAUUGGGAUGGAAAGAUGGCGUGAAGCUGAUGCACUUAUUUUAACAAAAGAUGAACAACCAAAUGGAAUUCGACCAAAUGGACAAUUAUGGUUUAGUCUAACACAUGAAUCUUCUAAACAUAUAUCAUUGGCAAACACACUAG